GCCAGAAGUGCGCUCCUCCAAUUGUGUACAUCGAAAUAUUACGCAUACGCAGCGUGGUCAAUGAAAAGUUCCGUUCGUAGAAGUGAUCAAAAAUCAAAGAAAUGGAUCAAAAGCGCGGAGUACGGGAAAACUAUGGCCACAGACGCCAGCCAGCCUUGGGCAAGGCCAUGCCAGUUACGGCUCUUUUGCUGAAUAUGGAGGUGAAUUCCAAGGAUUACCGACGAAGUGAUGGUGGUUCAGAGCCAUCAGACGAGGACGAUAAGCCGCCACAAUUGUUUAGUGUGACGGAUGAGCCACCCUCACCCAACGAGGAGGACUCCAAGCCACCCAAUCACUAUACGGAAGAUCAAAAACUAGCUGGCGAUUCUCGGAGGGAAGUUCCCUGCUCGAAUUGCCUGCAAUUGGCAUCCGCAGAUCUCACCGAUCGAAACUCGGCCAUUAACGAGAUGUGCCAACGUCUGUGUGGUCCCGAGUGCAGACAGCCUCAAGGACUCACGCUCGAUGGCUUUCGGCAGGAUUUCCUCAGGCAGUACGAGAUCGCGGAAGCUGUGGCCAAGACCUCGGCCAUGACCUCCACCGUUCAGAUGAAACAGCGCCUGGCCGCUCGCAAACUGGAAAUCGAAAAGGAAAUGGAUGAGCAGCUGGGCGUGGCCAGCCCCCAUAUCGAUAUCAAUCUCGGCCAGAGCAGCAGCAGCAGUUCCGCUGCAGCUGGAGAUUUUGAGUUUGAGCCGCCCCGCGAUCUGCUUUUGUAUCUGGUGAGAAUGGGCUCAUUCAACUCGGCACCAAAGAUCAACAACGUGGACUCACAGGACGAUGGCCUGGAGUUACCCACGGGUCUGAGUACCUCGGCUCUCCUUCAGCAUGUCCAGAAAUUGCGGGGCGGCGGAAUCGAGCAGCCCUCGCUGCUCACCCGCGGCUUCUUGAAACCGCUCCUGAUGGACGGAGACGUGGCCGACGGACUGCGUUGCCUCCAGCUGAACUCCGUGUCGAGGGUUUGCAGUGCACCAGUUGAGGGCGAAGCCUCCGAGAACAUUCGAUUGCUACAGUGGAACAUUCUCUCGCAGACUCUCGGCCAGCACAACGAUGGUUUUGUGCGCUGUCCCGAAGAGGCGCUCACCUGGGAGCACCGCAAGUACCUGAUUGUCCAGGAGAUCCUGCAGAACCAGCCCGAUGUGAUCUGUCUGCAAGAAGUAGACCACUUCAAGUUCCUGCAGACGGUGCUGGGUAGCCAGAACUACGCGGGCAUCUUCUUCCCCAAGCCGGACUCUCCGUGUCUUUAUAUCGAGCAGAACAAUGGACCCGAUGGCUGUGCCGUGUUCUACAAGCGGGACAAGCUCCAGCUGCAAGGAUACGACACCAGGAUCCUGGAGGUCUGGCGCGUGCAGAGCAAUCAGGUGGCCAUCGCCGCCCGACUGCGAAUGCGUUCCAGUGGCCGGGAGUUCUGUGUGGCCACCACCCAUUUGAAGGCCCGACACGGCGCCCUCUUGGCCAAGUUGCGCAACGAACAGGGCCGGGAUCUCAUCCGGUUUGUGAAGCAGUUUGCCGGCGAUACACCGCUGCUGCUUUGCGGCGAUUUCAACGCCGAACCCGUUGAGCCCAUCUACGCCACGAUCCUGGGCUGCGAUCUUAUCCGGCUGGGCAGUGCCUAUGCCGACGUGAAGCUGGACCGCGAGAAGAUCCUGCAGCCCAGCGAGGAUGUGGGCGAGUUCGUGUCGGAGUCGAUGAAACGGGAGCCACCCUACACUACCUGGAAGAUCAGGGAGGAGGGCGAGGAGUGUCACACCAUCGACUACGUCUUCUACACACCCGAUCGCCUCAAGAUCAAAAACUGUCUAGACUUCCCGGCCGGCGAUCAGAUCGGCAAGAACCGCACACCCAGUUACCAAUAUCCAUCGGAUCACUUUUCCCUGGUGUGCGAUUUCGAGUUGCUACCUGCGGCGGAAAAGGGGACGGAAAUCGGAGGCGAUGGGGAAAAUGGAACGGAAACGGAGGGCGGCAAACAUGGCUCUAUUCAAUAGGAGCCAAGUUCCAGAAAUCACCAGAGAGAAGUUUCAAUAACAUUACAUCAAUUGUGAUAUUAGUUGUUAGAUACAUUUUAGCCUCAUACACGAGCGUUGCACUACAGUUUGCAGCUUUUACAAAUGAUAAUCCAAAAUUCACAAUCAAUAAAUAAUUUAAUAUGGAAGAAAGUCAA